AUGUCGUCUUCCGCGCCUGCUCCGUCUCCCACGCCAGACCCGCCUGAUGAAGGGGUCCUCUCUCCUUCAGCUUUCCCGCCUCUUGUUUCAUUUACUCCGUCCCAAACCUCAAUUCCUCCGACGAUUCCUGCUAAGGGAGCUCCGUCGUAUGCUCAGCGGUUCAAAUCCUCACUCAGAAACCUCAGGAAGAUCUCUUCCCCAACCUUUGAGGAAGACGGUACUCCGGUGGUCCAAGCCCCACCCUCAGUGAUUUUAAACGCCUCAGAAUCAUGGAAAGACCAUAUCCUCUGCAAAUUUCAUGGUCGUAUGCCGAUCUCCGGUAAAGUUUUCUCAGAUCUAAACCCUAUUUGGGGGAAGAAGGGAGACAUUAUCGUUCGUACAGUAUCAUCUACGGCUUGUCUCAUCUAUGUUCCUUCGGUCCAGCUUCGUGAGUGGAUUCUGGAGGUCGGAUAUUGGCAAGUCGCCAACUGCGCGCUGUCUGUUUAUCUUUGGAACCCAGAUGCAUCGUUGGAAGCUGAGGAUCUAGUUUCGGCUCCGACAUGGGCUGUUCUAAAGAAGGUCCCGCCUCAGUUGUACUCGUUGGAUGGUAUUAGUGUGAUAGCCAGUGGUAUAGGCGAACCACUUCAUACGGAGAAGUCUCGUUUGGACCCAUUCCACUUUGGUGAUACGAAGGUGAAAGUGGAGAUAUCUCUUGAUGCUCCGCCCCCAUCAGCAGUGAUAGUACGGGAUUCUCUUGGUUACUCAGUUAAAAUAGAUGUGUCUCAGGUGCUAGUUAAAGACCCGGAGGUGCAGCUGGAAGGUUCAGAGGUUGUGGGUCAGGUUACAGAAGAAGUUGUGGCUCAGGUUUCAGAGGUUGUGGGUCAGGUUACAGAAGGUUCAGAGGUUGUGGCUCAGGUUUCAGAGGAUGUGGGUCAGGAGAUUGAAGACGGGGAGAUUGUGGUUCAGGAGGUGGUUGUGGCUCCAUGUUUACCUCCUCCGGUUGGUUCAUCUUUUGAAACACUGGUUCAAGGAAAGAAGGCGUUAAGUAAGGGUUCGACUCAGAAAGUGCGUGUGAUUUCUCAUCGGUCUGAUGCUUCAAAGACGUUGACUCUCCCUCUUAAUCCUGGUUCCUCCUUGACUGUGGAUGACGAACCUUCAGUAGAGGGUGUUGGUUUAUCUCCUCCGGAUCCAGAAGCUGAGAGACCUUUCUUGCCUUCUCCUGCAGCAGCGCGGAAAGCGAGGAAAGACUUAAGGCGCCAAGCCCUGUUGAAUUGUUCAUCUCCAACUGCAGCGGCAUCUCAGCUUUUUUCUUCUAUUCGGGGACUUUCCUCGGGUGGGAGAAGGAAUCGUUUUUAA